AUACAUGAUCAGAAAAUUGUGGUGGAACUAUAAGAUUUCAUAAAUUUUGUGGUAAUUAUUUGAGGCCCAAAUGUGUUUCAAAGCCCAAAUCAUUUGAGGCGAGUAAUUAAGUAAAGAAUAAUAAUGUUUCAAAGCACGAUUGUUUGAUAGGAUUGCGACGUCGUAAAUAAAGUGUCAGUUGACUUGGUGCUCUAAAUAUCUGUGAACAAGAUUUCAACUUUGAUGAUUUUUUAUUUUUUUUUAGAAGUUCAACUUCGAUGUUGUUUGCCUUUUUUUGUUUUUCCUCGUAAUUUAUUACUAACAUUAAAUGAAGCAGCAGCAUAUUUGAGCGUUUGGGCAAAAAUUAUUUAAUUUUGGUCAAAUCACGGUUUCUUCAUUCCGUCAAAUGUAGCUCUGCUAAAUUUACCCUUCUUUUUUUCUGGGUCAAAACAAAAAUCUCAUCUUUAUCGAUUUGGAGGGAGCACUUUUCACAUCGGAGUGAGAAUGAAGAUGGCAUCAUCUCUACCUAGGCGCUACCUCAUUGUGCUGUUGACCUUCAUCUGCACUUGUGUGUGCUACAUCGAACGGGUGGGCUUCUCCAUCGCCUACACCGCCGCCGCCGACGCCGCCGGAGCCACCCAGUCGAGCAAGGGCCUCAUCCUCUCCACCUUCUACUACGGCUACGCCUGCUCCCAAGUCCCCGGCGGCUGGGCGGCUCAGAGGCUCGGGGGCCGGCGUAUCCUCCUCCUCUCCUUCCUCCUCUGGUCCCUCGCCUCCGCCUUCGUCCCCCUCGACCCCGGCCGCGUCGCCCUCACCGUCCUCGCCCGCCUCCUCGUCGGCGUGGCGCAGGGCUUCAUCUUCCCCGCCAUCCACACUGUCCUCGCCCAGUGGGUCCCGCCCCCUGAGCGCUCGAGGUCCGUCUCCCUCACAACCUCCGGCAUGUACUUGGGCGCCGCCCUCGGCACCCUCGUCCUCCCCGGCCUCGUCAAGUCUCGAGGCCCGCAAUCCGUGUUCGUCACCGAGGCCGCAUUGGGUCUCAUAUGGUCCCUACUAUGGUUCGCCUACGCCACGGACCCUCCCCGUUCCGAUCACCCCAAGGCGGCCGCUGCCGGCUUUGGCGAGCCCUCCUCGCUCCCGAGCACCAACCUCGUCGGCUCGAACCGGAUCCCGUGGAGGAAGAUCAUGGUGAGCUUGCCCAUUUGGGCUAUUGUGGUGAACAAUUUCACGUUCCACUACGCUCUCUACGUGCUCAUGAACUGGCUCCCCACCUACUUCGAGCUCGGGCUGCAGCAUAGCCUUCAAGAAAUGGGCUCGUCGAAGAUGCUGCCUUAUCUCAACAUGUUCCUAUUCUCAAACAUAGGUGGAGUGGUCGCGGAUAAGCUCAUCACCACCAAGACCUUGUCCGUCACGGCCACGAGGAAGGCGCUCAACACGGCGGGGUUCGCGGUGGCCUCGGCCGCGCUGGUGGCGCUUCCCCUGUUCCGGACGCCCGACGGGGCCGUGUUUUGCUCGUCGGUGGCGCUGGGGUUCCUGGCGCUGGGGAGAGCUGGAUUUGCUGUGAAUCACAUGGAUGUGGCCCCGAGGUAUGCAGGGGUAGUGAUGGGGAUUUCGAACACGGCCGGCACGUUAGCCGGGGUCGUCGGAGUCGGCCUAACAGGUCGACUCCUCGAAGCGGCCAAGGCGGCGGACAUGGAUCUUACCACGCCGGAGAGCUGGAGACCGGUUUUUGUUAUCCCGAGUUUACUAUGUGUGUUUAGUUCUCUUGUGUUUCUUUUACUAUCCACGGGAGAGAGGAUUUUCGACUGAGGCUCACAAACUACUGUUUAUUAAUGCACAAUUUCUUUCACAUAAAACGACCUUAUUUGAACCUAUUCAUAGUGUUAGAAUUUAAAAAUUCAUUUUAUCUAUAUAAUAAAAUUUCAAGAGCUCAUUUCCACCA